GAGAGAGAGAGAGAGAGAGAGAGAGAGAGAGCUGAGAUGAAGCCAAUGUUUGUCGUCGAACUCCAGCAAAUAUGAGGAUGAGGAGAUAAUGGACCGGACCGAGAAGGAUGGCUGAACCUCUGCAACUCUCCAUCUGGCUCGUUUACAUGUUGCUGAAAACCUGCAGCAGAGAGAACCCGGACAGCAGGGAAACAAAAGCUCGGAUCAGAUUUUUGUGUAAAUCUUCACACCAUCCUGACUUCAUCCCUGAAUUUUAUUUUGGCUCGCUCCUCGGGAUUUUUUCGUUUUCUUCUUUGCGUUCUGCUUGCGCGCACAAACAUUCUUACACGAGCCAUGAUAGAUGAAGUACUUUUUUUUUUUUUAGAAAUUAGAUUUUAGCUGAACGGAGAGGCAGAUCCGCACAGUAAUAAUAAAGAGAGAGAGGGAGGAGGAGAGGAGGAGGGAGAGGGAGGGAAGCCAAGGUUUCUGGUGUCUUUGCAAUACGCGGCUGAUAAAAAGCAAUAAAUUGUCUAAAAUAAACACUGUCGUCCGGCUGUGCGCCAUGGGCGACGAGGCGUCAAACUUCAGGAGACGCAGCAGGACUGGUGCCUCAUCACCCGAGACCAAGACUGUUGAGGACCACGGCAGCGCGGAGAUUCUGGGAUGAACCGAACCUGGACCCCGAAAAGCCAUGAGAUUACAGAUUGCUGACUGGUUUGACAGGUUCCCACUGUGACGGGUUUUCAUGUUCCUCAGCAAACAGGACUCAGUUCUCUGGUCACUUUGAUUUGUUCAAGUGGCAGGAAUAGGGACAUGAAGCGCUCCGCUUCGUGCUUCAACUAAAUUACAGCCAUAUUACUUCUUUUACAAGUUUAAAAAGGGAUCUUUUAUUUGUUUAAUUAGAUUUUUUUCCCUCGUUAUUAUUAUUAUUWUUUUUUUGGCACAAUGAUGGAACCGCCGCCGUGCUCGAAGAAGAGCCUGUCCCUGUCGCUUCCGGUUCCCCGGGAGGGACAGGCGACCCUGAAGCCCCCGCAGCAUCUGUGGAGGCAACCCCGGACCCCGAUCAAGAUCAAGCACCGGGGCUACUCCGACACCGACCGGCACCACCACCGGCACAUGGAGCGCUCCGACGCCGUGGACACGAGCGACCGACCCGGACUGAAGAAGUCUCGGAUGUCCUGGCCGUCCUCCUUCCACGGGACCACGAACACGUCGAUCGGAAACGGUGUCGGGAAUAAACGCUUUGACGCAGAGAAUGGUCCCUCACCAGGCCGCAGUCCCAUGGACUCGCAGGCGAGUCCUGGGUUGGUGCUCCACCCGUCGUUUCCUCAGAGCCAGCGCCGGGAGUCCUUCCUGUACCGCUCCGACUCCGACUACGACACGUCCCCCAAAACCAUGUCCCGCAACUCCUCCAUCAACAGUGAGGGGCACGCCGAAGACAUGAUCGUCACCCCCUUUGCUCAGGUGUUGGCCAGCCUACGAACUGUAAGAAGCAACUUCACCAUCCUCGCCAAUGUCACAACACCCACUAACAAUCACCAGUGACCAGCCAACCCACUGUUCCCCAAGCUACACUCUCUGAGGAGACGUACCAGCAGAUGGCUCGGGAGACUCUGGAGGAGCUGGACUGGUGUCUGGACCAGCUGGAGACCAUUCAGACCCACCGCUCUGUCAGUGAGAUGGCCUCCAACAAGUUCAAGAGGAUGUUGAACAGGGAGCUGUCCCAUUUGUCAGAGAUGAGUCGCUCAGGGAACCAAGUGUCAGAAUACAUCUCCACUACCUUCCUAGAUAAGCAGAACGAAGUGGAGAUCCCAUCUCCGACUCUGAGGGAAAGGGAGAAGCCCAUGUGUCACAUCAGCGGUGUGAAGAAGCUCACGCACAGUUCCAGCCUUUCCAACUCCACUCUGCCUCGAUUCGGCAUCAAGACGGAACACGAGGAAGCUUUAGCCAGGGAGCUGAACGACUUAAACAAGUGGGGCCUUAAUAUCUUUCAUGUGGCAGAGUUCUCCAACAACCGACCCCUCAGCUGCAUCAUGUUUGCCAUCUUUCAGGAAAGAGAUCUACURAAGACCUUUAGGAUCCCUGUGGAUACUUUCGUCACCUACGUGAUGACCCUGGAGGACCACUACCACGCCAAUGUCGCCUACCACAACAGCCUUCAUGCUGCUGACGUCACCCAGUCCACCCAUGUUCUGCUCUCCACACCAGCUCUAGAUGCUGUUUUCACUGAUCUGGAGAUAUUAGCAGCAUUAUUUGCUGCUGCCAUUCAUGACGUUGACCAUCCUGGAGUGUCCAACCAGUUUCUCAUCAACACCAACUCCGAGUUAGCCCUGAUGUAUAACGACGAGUCUGUGUUGGAGAACCACCACCUGGCUGUGGGCUUUAAGCUGCUUCAUGAGGAGAACUGUGACAUCUUCCAGAAUCUUAGCAAACGGCAGAAACAGAGCCUGAGGAAACUGGUUAUUGAUAUGGUUUUGGCUACAGAUAUGUCCAAACACAUGAGUUUGUUGGCAGACCUCAAAACGAUGGUGGAAACCAAGAAAGUCACGAGUUCUGGAGUGCUGAUGCUCGACCAUUACACCGAUCGAAUACAGGUGCUGAGAAACAUGGUGCACUGUGCCGACCUGAGCAACCCGACCAAACCUCUGCCGGUGUAUCGACAGUGGACGGAGAGAAUCAUGGAGGAGUUCUUCAGGCAGGGAGACAAGGAGAGGGAGCGAGGGAUGGAAAUCAGUCCAAUGUGUGACAAACACACCGCGUCGGUGGAAAAGAGUCAGGUGGGCUUCAUUGACUACAUUGUUCACCCUCUUUGGGAGACGUGGGGGGACCUCGUGCAUCCCGACGCCCAGGAAAUUCUCGACACCUUGGAGGACAACAGGGACUGGUACCAGAGCACUAUCCCGCAGAGCCCGUCCCCACCUCCCGUGUGCCAGGACAAGGAGCUGAACGCGUGCAGAGACAAGUUUCAGUUCGAGCUCACCCUGGAGGACAGCUCUCAGACAGAACAGGGGCGCGACGAAGACACAAACGCGUCGAACCACGUGGYGCGGGACUGCGGCGACACGGACGAGGAGGACAAAGGCAAGGACAAGAAGGACAUGAUGGCAGAGGAGAACGAGGACAUCAUCGAAGAGGAAGAAGACGAGGUGCCGAUGGAGGAGGAAGACGCAGAAGAGGAGCAGAAAACUCGGCUGGGCCUGGGGUCUGACAAGGAAAGACUCUAUGACACAAGUCCUGUAGAAGAAGAGGAGGAUUCGUCUUCUCAAGCUGAAGAUACAUGAGACCYGCUCCUGUAUCGCCCUCCGAAACUUGCACACGUUCUCUCGUUUCAUCUCUAAGUGGCCAAACCAAGAACAAAUAAAAACUGCAACGACAA